AUGCAGAGCCUCCUCGUCCCCACCGCCGCGGCCUGCGCGGCGCCGUCGUCGGCGUCGCGCCCCCGGCCGGGCCGCGUCUCCGUCCGCGCCUCGGCCUCCGCGGCGGCCGCGGCGGCCCCGCCCCGGCGGGAGACGGAUCCGAAGAAGCGGGUGGUGAUCACGGGGAUGGGGCUGGUCUCCGUCUUCGGCAACGACGUCGACGCCUACUACGACCGCCUGCUCGCCGGGGAGAGCGGCGUGGGCCCCAUCGACCGCUUCGACGCCUCCAAGUUCCCCACGCGCUUCGCCGGCCAGAUCCGGGGCUUCUCCUCCGAGGGCUACAUCGACGGCAAGAACGACCGCCGCCUCGACGACUGCCUCCGCUACUGCAUCGUCAGCGGCAAGAAGGCGCUCGAGUCCGCCGGGCUCGCGCUCGGCUCCGACGCCAUGGGGAAGAUUGACAAGGCCCGGGCUGGUGUACUUGUGGGGACUGGUAUGGGUGGCCUCCAAGUGUUUUCUGAUGGUGUUCAGAAUCUUCUCGAGAAGGGCUACAGAAAGAUAACUCCUUUCUUCAUCCCAUAUGCCAUAACAAACAUGGGAUCUGCCCUGCUUGGCAUGGACAUUGGCUUCAUGGGUCCAAACUACUCUAUUUCAACUGCAUGUGCUACCUCGAACUACUGUUUCUACGCUGCAGCAAACCAUAUUCGCAAAGGCGAAGCCGAUGUGAUGAUUGCUGGUGGCACUGAAGCCGCCAUCAUUCCGAUUGGUGUUGGUGGGUUUGUUGCAUGUAGAGCACUAUCACAGAGGAACGAUGACCCUAAAACAGCAUCUAGGCCUUGGGACAAGGAGCGUGAUGGUUUCGUCAUGGGUGAAGGAGCUGGAGUACUGGUCAUGGAGAGCUUAGAACAUGCAAUGAAACGUGGUGCUCCAAUAGUUGCGGAGUAUCUAGGAGGUGCUGUGAACUGUGAUGCGUACCAUAUGACUGAUCCAAGAGCCGAUGGUCUUGGUGUUUCAUCUUGCAUCAGACAAAGUCUUCAAGAUGCUGGUGUGGCACCAGAGGAGGUUAACUACAUCAAUGCUCAUGCAACAUCCACCCUUGCUGGUGAUUUGGCAGAGAUGAAUGCCAUCAAGCAAGUCUUUAAGGACCCAUCUGGGAUAAAAGUAAACGCAACCAAGUCCAUGAUAGGGCAUUGCCUAGGUGCAGCAGGUGGUUUGGAGGCCAUUGCUACUAUUAAAGCGAUAAACACUGGAUUGGUGCAUCCAAGCAUAAACCAGUUUGACCGGGAGCCUGCGGUUGAAUUUGACACCGUACCCAACGUAAAGGUCGAACAUGAAAUCAAUGUUGGUAUCUCGAAUUCCUUUGGAUUUGGAGGACACAACUCGGUGGUCGUAUUCGCCCCAUUCAAGCCUUAA